AUGGCACCUCGGCGCUGGCACCGCUCGAAGCGGCCCAAGAUGGUGAGUAGUGUUGCGCUCCGAUCCCUGACAGCGGCCGAUUCUUAUCCGUCCUCAUCCGUCACGCGAGGCGGCCGCGCGACGAAUCCGGCACCGCCUAGCUCUCCGGGAGCCCCGCGGGGUUCGGCCCGGGCACACGGGGCCGCGAUGCGGGCGUCUCUGGUGGCUGUUGUUGGGUCCGAGCAGGUCGGGGCCUGCUUUGGGCCUUGCACGCCGCGGCCCGGAUUCAGCCGAUGUGAUGUUUUCUUGCAGCCGAAAGGAAAGAAGGCCAAGGGGAAGAAGGUGGCCCCGGCCCCUGCCGUGGUCAAGAAGCAGGAGGCCAAGAAGGUGGUGAACCCCCUGUUCGAGAAGCGGCCCAAGAAUUUUGGCAUCGGACAGGACAUCCAGCCCAAGCGGGACUUGACCCGAUUCGUUAAAUGGCCGCGUUAUAUCCGCCUGCAACGCCAGCGUGCCAUCCUGUACAAGCGGCUCAAGGUGCCCCCAGCCAUCAACCAGUUCACACAGGCGCUGGACCGCCAGACUGCCACACAGCUCCUCAAGCUGGCUCACAAGUACCGGCCCGAGACGAAGCAGGAGAAAAAGCAGCGACUGCUUGCCCGUGCUGAGAAGAAAGCAGCCGGCAAGGGUGAUGUUCCCACCAAGCGGCCCCCAGUGCUGCGAGCUGGGGUGAACACUGUCACCACGCUGGUGGAGAACAAGAAGGCACAACUGGUGGUGAUCGCCCACGAUGUUGACCCCAUUGAGCUGGUGGUCUUCCUGCCUGCCCUGUGCCGCAAGAUGGGGGUGCCCUACUGCAUCAUCAAGGGGAAAGCCCGGCUGGGCCGCCUGGUCCACAGGAAAACCUGUACCACAGUCGCCUUCACACAGGUCAACUCGGAAGACAAAGGGGCGUUGGCUAAGCUGGUGGAGGCCAUUAGGACCAACUACAAUGACAGAUAUGACGAGAUUCGUCGACACUGGGGCGGCAACAUCCUGGGUCCAAAGUCGGUGGCACGCAUCGCCAAGUUGGAAAAGGCAAAGGCUAAAGAACUCGCCACCAAACUGGGCUGAGCGGGCAUUGCAGCAGCUCUCAUGGGCACCUGCCCGGC